GUCGGCCGCGGCGGCUCGUCCAAGGUCUUCCGCGUCCUCGGCGCCGACGGCCGCGUGCUCGCCCUGAAGCGCAUCAAGCUCCGCGGCUCCGAGGUCGACCACUCGUUCGCGGGCUACGCGAACGAGGUCGCGCUGCUCCAGCGGCUCCGGGGCAAGGAGAACAUCGUCACGCUCUACGCCGCCGACGUGGACCGCGCCGCCGGGUCCAUCCACAUGGUCAUGGAGGCCGGCGACGCCGACCUGGCGACCGUGCUCUCGCAGCGCCGCGACGCGGCCGCGCGCGCGGCGGCCGCGGGCGACGCGCGCGCGCGCGGCGACGACGGCAACUUCGUGCGCCUCACGUGGCAGCAGAUGCUCGAGGCCGUGCACACGAUCCACGAGGAGCGCAUCGUCCACGGCGACCUCAAGCCCGCGAACUUCCUCUUCGUCCAGGGCCGGCUCAAGCUCAUCGACUUCGGCAUCGCGCGCGCGAUCAAGAACGACACGACGAACAUCUACCGCGACACGCAGAUCGGCACGCUCAACUACAUGUCGCCCGAGGCCAUCCGCGACUCCGGCGCGGGGCCCCGCGGCGCGGGGCCGGGCGCCGCGCGGAAGCCGACGAUGCGCGUGGGCCGCGCGUCCGACGUCUGGUCGUUGGGCUGCAUCCUCUACCAGAUGGUCUACGGCAAGACGCCCUUCGGCGACCUGCACUUGUACGCCAAGCUCCAGGCCAUCACGAACCCGACGCACGUCAUCGACUUCCCG